GAGAGAGAGAGAGAGAGAGAGAGAGAGUUUUCUCCGUUGAGCGGCGGAGCAAUGGGCGGCCACGAAGCCCGAAAGCCGGCUGUCGCCGCCGGCCUCCUCCUUCUCGAUGUGAUCUUAGUCUCUCUGAUCAUCGCCUACGUGCCUUAUACGAAGAUAGAUUGGGAUGCGUACAUGUCUCAGGUGGAUGGGUUUCUUGGAGGAGAGAGGGAUUAUACGAAGCUGAAAGGGGAUACGGGGCCUUUGGUUUAUCCGGCUGGGUUUCUUUAUGCUUAUUCUGCCAUCCAAUUUGUGACUGGUGGACAGGUGUAUCCUGCUCAGAUUCUAUUUGGCAUUUUGUACAUUCUUAAUUUGGGAAUCAUCUUGUACAUCUAUACAAGGACUGAUGUGCUUCCAUGGUGGGCUCUUGGCUUGCUGUGCUUGUCAAAGAGAAUUCAUUCAAUUUUUAUGCUCCGUCUAUUUAAUGACUGUUUGGCAAUGACCCUGCUUCAUGGUGCACUUGCUUUGGUUCUGCAUCAGAAAUGGCACUUAGCUUUAAUCAGUUUUAGUGGAGCUGUGUCAAUCAAGAUGAAUGUCCUCCUUUGUGCUCCAUCAUUGUUACUUCUCAUGCUGAAGGGAAUGAGUUUUAAGGGGGUGUUAUCAGCUUUGUCAUGUGCUGCAUUGGUGCAGAUUCUCCUUGGUUUGCCCUUUUUAUUGUCGCAUCCCGCUGCCUAUAUUUCAAGAGCCUUUGACCUCGGUCGUGUCUUCAUUCACUUUUGGUCGGUCAAUUUUAAAUUUGUCCCUGAAGAUGUCUUCAUCUCAAGAAAAUUUGCGAUUGCUUUGUUAGCCAUCCAUCUUAUGUUGCUUAUAUUAUUUGCACACUACAGAUGGUCCAAGCAUGAAGGGGGGCUUCUACAGCUCCUAUGCUCAAGGUUCUCACAAAAAGACCUUGGUGGUUUCUUGAGAUCCAUCUCUCUUAAUCAGUUUUUGUCAUGUGAGCCAAAACAUAAGAUUCUGAGCAAAGAACAUAUUGUUACCGUUAUGUUUGUCGGCAACUUCAUUGGCGUCGUAUGUGCCCGGUCUCUACAUUAUCAAUUCUAUUCAUGGUAUUUUUACUCUUUGCCAUUUCUUUUAUGGAAGACACCUUUCCCUACUCUUUUAAGGUUGAUUUUGUUUGUAGCUGUGGAGCUUAGCUGGAAUAUUUACCCGUCGAACUUCUAUUCUUCGAUUAUUUUGUUUUGUGCGCAUCUAAUAAUAUUAUGGGGCCUCUGGAUUGCCCCGAUCGAAUCUCCCUAUCCUCGUCGAAAGCAUUCUCAGAAGAAGAGAGAUUGAAAUUAAGUUUAUGUUUCAAAUUAUCAGAAGCCAUAAUGUUUUUGCCGAUUUUGAACCUUGUAACAUUAUGCUACAAGACUACCAAGACCUCUUGUUUUUACUUAUUUUUCUUUGUGUUUGUGUGUCCCUGGUUAUCUUUUUGUAUGGAAUUAUGUGAUUUUUUUUAAGCAUGAAGAUCAGCUCCAAUGAAAAUUAGAUGUUUAUAUCUUUA